UUGACAUUGGACAGCUAGCGUGUUAGGCCACGUCAAAGACAUUGAUUGGUCAGAGGUUUCGAACGGGCUCCUGACGGGGAUGCCGUGGAGGCUCGUUCGGUCUGCCGCGGGCGGGGAAGAGGAUCGUCUGGGUCCGAUUGAGAGCGGCAGGCAAGGAUGAAGGCACUGAUCCUGGUGGGCGGCUACGGCACACGGCUGCGUCCGCUGACGCUCAGCAUCCCCAAGCCGCUGGUCGAAUUCUGUAACAAGCCCAUCCUGUUGCACCAGGUGGAGGCCUUGGUGAAGGCAGGUGUGACUCAUGUGAUCCUUGCUGUCAGCUACAUGUCAGAACUGCUUGAGAAGGAGAUGAAAGAACAAGAGCAAAGGCUGGGCAUUCGCAUUUCACUGUCACAUGAAAAGGAACCACUGGGCACAGCUGGCCCCCUGGCACUAGCACGGGCUUUGUUGACUGAGAACUCAGAGCCUUUCUUUGUGCUCAACAGUGAUGUGAUCUGUGACUUCCCCUUCACAGACAUGAUGCGUUUCCACAGUAAUCAUGGAAAAGAGGGCACCAUUGUGGUGACAAAAGUGGAGGAGCCUUCCAAAUAUGGCGUAGUGGUGUGUGAUGCAGAUACUGGGCGCAUACACCGCUUUGUGGAGAAACCUCAGGUUUUUGUCUCCAACAAGAUCAAUGCUGGCAUGUACAUCUUAAAUCCAAGUGUACUAGAACGAAUUCAGCUACGUCCGACAUCGAUUGAGAAAGAAAUUUUUCCUGUGAUGGCAGAACAAGGACAACUCUACGCUAUGGAACUACAAGGAUUCUGGAUGGAUAUUGGGCAGCCUAAAGACUUCCUGACUGGCAUGUGCAUGUAUUUACAAUCUCUGAGGAUGAAGCAGCCAGAGCGGUUACACUCAGCAGCAGGGUUCAUGGGGAACGUACUAGUGGACCCAACUGCUAAGAUUGGAUCAAAUUGCAGUAUUGGCCCCAAUGUUACUAUUGGGGCAGACGUGGUAGUAGAGGAUGGGGUUCGGAUCAAGCGUUGCACUGUUUUGAAGGGGUCACGCAUUCGUUCUCAUUCCUGGCUUGAAUCAUGUAUUGUUGGCUGGAGUUCCUCUGUGGGUCAGUGGGUGCGGAUGGAGAAUGUGACCGUUCUGGGUGAGGAUGUCAUUGUGAAUGAUGAACUCUACCUCAAUGGUGCCAAUGUGUUGCCUCACAAAUCCAUUGCUGAGUCUGUACCGGAGCCACGCAUCAUCAUGUAACAGCUCUUGAUUGUUGAGUGCCAGAUCAGCUAAUAGGACCCUCCCUGUCUUGCCUGGACUGAGCUAUCCCUACUCUGUGCCUUGGCAGCAGAGGCUCUUUGUUGAAUUUUCAACAGAACGUCUCUCUAAAAUGUGUACUCUGCCCUCUCAACCCUUGCUGGGGUCUUAAGUGUGUGGCAGGAUAAAGGUGCAUUUAGCCCAGCGGGAAAGUCCCCCCUGCUCCUCCUUGGGAACAGAGGUUGGAGAGGGUGAGAUGGGCCAGUUCCGGCUUUGUUCUGUUGCACAGGCCAGAGGUCCAGUCUGGAAAGUGACUCUUAAGUGCAGCUUGUGCUAUAAUAGCUCAACUACUGUAAGAGGAGAGACCUACAUAGGCCGGUAGGUGGGCAGCAUGUUAUGCUACCAUUGCAACAUGGUGUCUUCUUCCGUAACCCAUGGGGGAAAGAAAGAAUACAGUGCUCUUCUUGCAGAUUCUACUGCCUUACAGAAACUGACUUUUUUCCCUCUGGAUGGCCAAUAACCAACAACUAUAUUGUUCAAGAAGUCUGAACAAAACUCUGUUCCAUCAUGAAAAUGGAUGAAACAAUAUUAUGUUCUAAUGAACAGUGAAUGCUGA